AUGUCUCCCAAAGUCCUUGUCGUCCUCACCUCCGCCAACGAGAUCCCCAAGAUCAAGAAGCCUACAGGCUGGUAUCUGCCUGAAUUCGCCCAUCCUCACAAUGUCCUGCACAACAAAGUCUCCAUGACUAUCGCCUCACCCAAAGGCGGCGAAGCGCCCCUGGACCCAUCCUCCGUCGAGAUGUUCAAAGAUGACACCUCGGUCAACUUCCUGAAUAAUCAGAAAGCCCUCUGGACCAACACCGAGAAGCUAUCCGACAUGCUUCCCCGCGUCAACGAGUUCGACGCCAUUUUCUACGUCGGUGGACACGGACCCAUGUUCGACCUGACCUCCGACGCCACCUCGAUCAAGUUGAUCGAGACCUUCGCCGCCGCCAAGAAGCCCGUGGCGGCCGUCUGCCACGGCCCCUGCGUCUUCUUGAACACCAAGGGUCCCUCCGGCAAACCUCUGAUUUCGGGCUUGCAAGUGACUGGAUUCUCGAACGAGGAGGAGGACCAGGCCCAGCUUUCCGCUGCGAUGCCAUUCAUGCUGGAGACGGAGUUGGAGAAGGUGUCUGGGGGACACUAUGUCAAGGCUGCCGAGGCGUGGGGGGGAGAAGAUUGUGGUGGCUAA